GAAGAGAAUUUGCAUUUACGGAACUCAGGAAAGGGAAGUGUCUCACCCAGAUCACACAGCCUCUGUAAGAGGCACAGGCAGAACUGGAACUGAAAUUGGGCCGGCUCCCAGGUCCGGCCCACCCUCCCUGACCUUGGCUUCUGGGACCAGAGUCACUCUCUGGACUUGGGCUUGGCGGGGAACAGGCAGAGCGGCAGGGUCGCGUGGGGUCUGGUGAGACUCACAUCUGGUCUGAAAGGUCGCAGGGCCUCUGCUGUCGGGCGUCCUUCAGGGAGAGCAGAGCAAGGCCCCGGAGGGGGUGUUCCCCUUCCUGUAAGGCCUCUCGUGAGGAACCCAUGAUGGGGACCACGGAGCCUGGGCCAUGCCACACCCUGUGCAUGCGUCUGUCCUGUGGACUCUGAGGACUUUUAAGCUGUCUGCACCGCUGGGACCAUGGGAGGCAGCGUCAGGACCCAGACCCUCACCGCCCUUCUGUGUCUCGGGCUGUGUCGGGGUCCGUGGGACCAGGUACAGGCAAGGUACCUUCCCAAACCCUCCAUCAGGGCUGACCCCAGCCCCAAUGUCACCAGGGGGACCCCUGUGACCAUCUGGUGUCAGGCAUCUCUGCAGGCUGAUGUCUACUAUCUGUAUAAAGAGAGGGUCUCUGAACCCACGUCCAUGGAGAUCUCACAGGAGUCCAGCGACAAGGCCAGUUUCUCCCUUGGAUUCAUGAGUCCGCACAAUGCAGGGCGAUACCAGUGUCAAUAUCACAGCAGGAACGGCUGGUCACAGCGGAGUGACCUCCUGCCCCUGGUGGUGACAGGAGUGUACGACCCACCCUCCCUCUCAGCCAUCCCAGGCCCUGUGGUGGCCUCAGGAGGGAACGUGUCCCUCUCCUGUAGCUCACCACAUCCAUGGCAAACCUUCCGUCUGCUGAAGGAGGGGGGAGCUGACGCGCCCCGACAUCUGGAAUUGAAGUUCCCUCGUGAGAAGAGGCAGGCACUGUUCCCUGUGGGCCCCGUGAGCACCUCCCACGGGGGGACCUACAGGUGCUACGUUUCUCCAGCUUCCUACCCGUAUGUGUGGUCACUCCCCAGUGACCCUCUGCACCUUCAGGUCACAGGCGCCUACAGGGAGCCCACCCUCUCAGCCCAGCCGGGCUCGCUGGUGCAGUCUGGAGACAACCUGACCCUCCAGUGUCAUUCAGAAGCCGGAUUUGACACAUUCGCUCUGAUGAAGGAUGAGGGGCUCACACCUCCCGUGCGUUUAGAUGGGCAGCCCAGCCCCAACUUCCCCCUCAGCCUUGUGAGCAUCACCCACGGGGGCCAGUAUAGAUGCUAUGGUGGACACAACCUCUCCUCCACGUGGUCGACCCCCAGUGUCCCCUUGGACAUCUUCAUCACGGGCCUGUACAGGAAACCGUCCCUCUCGGCCCAGCCGGGGCCCUCAGUGUCCUGGGGAGAGAAUGUGACCCUGCAGUGUCGCUCGGAAAUCUGGCUCGACACCUUCUACCUGUCCAAGGAGGGGUCACCUGCUCCUCCCCAGCACAUUCGUCUGCAGGACACAACUGCACCUUAUCAGGUCAACUUCAACAUGAGUCCUGUGACCUCAGACCAUGAGGGGACCUACAGGUGCUUCGCCUCAUCCAGCAACUCCCCCUACCUGUUGUCACACCCCAGUGACCCCCUGGAGCUGCUGGUCUCAGGAGGCUCUGAGGAUGCACCAGUCACCCCAUGGAGGGGUCCCAACCGGUACCUGUACGUCCUCAUCGGGGCCGCGGGGGCCUUCGUCCUGCUGCUCUGCCUCCUCGUCGUCCUCCUCGUCCGUCGCCGGCGUCAGGGCAAAGGCAGGAAGCCGGCAGCAGCAGCCACAAUCCCAGCGCCUGAGGAUGAAGGCCUGCGUGGGAGCUCCGGUCCCGCUGCCACGGCCGCCCAGGAUGAGAACUUGUAUGCUGUCAUGAAAGACACACAGGCUGAAGAGGACAGACAGCUGGACAGCCAGGCUGUAGUCUCUGAAGACUCCCAAGAUGGGACUUAUGCCCAGAUCAACAGCUUGGUCUCCGAAGACCCUCAGGAUGUGACCUAUGCUCAGCUCAACUGCCUGACCCUCAGGCGGGUGACAAGUGGACCCGCUUCCUCCCAAGCAGAGCCUCCAGCAGAGCCCAGUGUGUAUGCAUCUCUGGCCAUCCGCUAGCCCAAGCAGGACCCACACCCCACACUCCAGGGGUCUGCGAGGUCUCCUGCAGGGAGCCUGGAGGGCAAAGGAGCUGCCCACAGUGGGUACUACCUGAUCCCACCCAGCCUGGAGGCAGGACAAGGACCCAACUACUGGAACCUUGUGGAAACUGCUUCCAGGAAUUCCCACCACCAUACAGCUGACCUUAGGGUUCCUGUAAAGUGACCCUGACUCCAAGGAUUCCCAUGGAAAUGCCAAGACCAAGUGGUAACCCUGGUGGUGGGGGAAGGGCAGGGCCUACCAACCAGCACUAGGAUAGGACUACUCAGGACCUUCUGUAGGCUUCAUGGCAGCCAGGCAGCCUCCCAGGACCAUCACUGCGAAGCUGGGUCUUAAAUGUCCUUUCCCACAGGCCCCUAAUUAGGACUCACCCACUUCCCAACCCCACCAAAAUGAGCUUUGAAAUCAGUCUGUUCACCUUCUCAAGGGCUUCCUACCAAAACCCAACUACAGUAGUUCGUCUCCACCAGUGACCCCAGGUUCAGCUCUUUGCGCCUACCCCCAACAUUUAACCCCUGACCCCCACUCACUACUUCUCUGCCGGGAAAGGACUCCACCCCACCCCAAUGCAAACAGCUGGCUCCCAGCAGCAGACAUGAGUGGGGUGCACUUCCCCUACCCCAACAAGGACCCCCAGCUGGUAGGCUCCCCAGGCCCCUCUAAGCAAGAGGCAAUGCUCCAAGUGUGAACUUGCUAGGAUGAGGAAGCCUGAGCUUUUUCCCACCACAGAAGCCUGUGUGUUCAGAGAAGGAAGGAGAACAGACCCACCAAUAAACACCAGUUCCAAAGGGUUGAUUCUGUUUUAUUAUCUGACUAGAAAACUAGGCAAUCCAUAGCCCAGCGGUGGGGCAGGUGGGCUCAAUCCUCCUCCUCGUCAUCUCCGGCUCCAGCCCCACCCUGGCCCUUCUUGGCAUUCUUCCUCUUCACGCGACCAGGGCGGCCGCCCCCGUAUGGAGAGCGUAGGGAGAAAUCGAUGUGCUUCUGGGAGUCCAGGCGGACAAUGAAGGACGGGAUGUUCACCACCUGCUUUCGGACCCUGGAGGGGGGAUGGCAGGUGAGGGGAGGGGGGAAAGGAUCCCAGCAGGAUGAGACCCUACUCUCUGCUUCGACUCUGCAGCCGGCAGAGUGGGUGCUGCAGCCACACUGACCCCACAGCGCCUGUGCGAUCAGGAGGGCAUCAGAGCAUCGCGGGAGAGAGUUUUUCCUGUUCGCAUCUUACAGAAGUGGAAACAUCCACAAGUAAACCCCACAUGUGACCACUAAGUAAGAAGGCAACAUGGCAGCAAUUCCAGGAUCUGAUUUUUAAAACUCAACUGAGCUUCAGGUGUAGUACCUGAGAUGCAGCAUCACAGUCCUUCAAGCAGCCACCCGUCCAGGUUCUCUGGAACCCGACAGAGGGCGAACAGAGCACCCAGAUACAGAACCCUUCUGCCCUGACAGCUGCCACCUGGAGCCAGCCAGACCCCUGCAGUCCCUGGCACUUGAGCAUCAGACCACGGACUGAGGCGAGCUUACCAAAUUAACGCCCACAUUGUGCAAGAACGUGAUGGCCACCAGGUGGGGGGCCCAACAGACAGCCGAACCCACGAACCCACUCAAGCCAGCUGGGCACACCCAGAGCGGUUACCUGUCCAGCUGCCUGCACGCCCGCAGAAGCCUUCACAAGGUGUACGGCUCAGGCCGCAGUGACCCUUGCGCUGGGCUAGGGGGAGGACGAGGCCGUCCCCAGCACCCCAUGAGCUCUCUGGUUGGGUCAACCUGUACCCUCAAGGUAUGUUCACACCCGUCACCUCCGAGGGCUGCGCAGGAGGUAAGGACAGCAAACUCAGCAAGGGCAACCACCAGAGGAGAGGAUGGGGUGGAAGAGAGACUCCGGGAGCCCAGAGGGAGUACCUGAUAUGGCGCUGGCGGAUCAGCACGCGGGCAUGGUGGAUGGAUUUGGCCAAGCCCAGCUUGAAGACCUGGGUCUGCAGGCGCCUCUCUAAGAAAUCCUCGAUCUUGAGGCCCAGGAUGUAAUCCAGCUUCAUCUUGCCCUCGUCCAGCACCCCAAUGCGCACGAGUCGCCGCAGCAGAGCAUUAC